UUAGAGAAGUGGGGGCGAGGACAUUUGCCUAAGUUACAACUUGUGUGUCGCUUAGUAAGUAAUGACCAGGAAUAGUAGUAGGCGAAUGCCUUAAAAGGAAGAGAUGCAGGUUUCGACUGCAUCAUAAAAGGUUGUUGUCCAAACGCAUCAUCCUGACACCCUGACACUUUAGUGUUAUAGCUUGUUCAAACAGCGUCAUUUGUCGAUCCUCAACGAAAUGCACUAAACUGGAUUUCUGCAGCGCUUCGUGCUUCACGUUGCACGCAACUUCAUCCUUCCACAAUCACGUACACUCACAUUGUAUCAAACGAUGAACAACCCACGAAACGAAAUAGCCGCUGCCGUGAAAGCGCUCACGCUCGCACCCACUCCCGCCGUCCAACGCGCUGCUAUCAACAAGUACUUUGCUCCCGAGGCGGGCUUCCUCCACCCGUUGUGCACGGUUCAUCCUGGCCCUGGGAGUAGAGAGGAGAUCGUCGGUAUAUAUGAGUGGUAUAGGGAUAUGAGUCCAAAAGUUAGCUUGGAAGUCGAGUCGUUUGUAUAUGACGAAACGCAGAAGGUUGCAUACCUGAACGUCGUCCAGAAUUUCCAUAUAUUUCUUAGUCCGUUUGCGUCCUCUCCUGCACGGCUCCUUGUGAAAGUAUCUCUGCGAAAGAACCCACAGGAUGGGAAGUACUACAUAAUUCAACAAGAGGAUUAUUACCAACCUGAGGACAUCUUCCGACUUGUCCUACCGUUCCUUGCUACUCCGAUCGUUUUCGUCAAACGACUCGCUGGACGCGUCUGUGGCGUCAACGCCGCGGCCUUUGCCCUUACACGCGACACUAUACACCAGGGUAUGGCGCUACUAGGGUUCAACGCUCGAGAAGGUCGAAUGGGCAAUGCCGUACAUCAAGAAUAGAUUCUGCAAGUCGUUCUCGC